AUGUUCUUACAAGGCAUUUUAACAGCGAGUCUCCACAGUUAUGGCCACGUGAUGCUGGAGCCCGCCAGGAUGGUACACCCUCCUGUGCAGACCAAGAGGUGGGAGGAGUUGUUCCCAGUUGCGUCCUCACACCCCUCUGACCGCCUGGGAGCUCUGCCCGCCGUCCCCGUCCCCGGCACUGCCCCUUCAGGAGAGAGAGGAUGCACUGAGGGUGGCCCUGUGCAGAACAAGGAAGUGAUGUGCCAGCGGGAGAAGUGCCCGGUGCUCCCGCGAGACUGUGCCCUGGCCAUCAAGCAGAGGGGCGCCUGCUGCGAGAGCUGCAAAGGCUGCAUGUAUGAAGGAAACACCUACAACAGCUCCUUCGAGUGGCAGAGCCCAGCCAAGCCCUGUGUCCUGCACCAGUGCCAGGGAGGCGUUGUCACAGAGUCCCAGGUGCGCUGUGUCAUUCACUGUAGAAACCCAAUGGAGCACCCGGGAGCCUGCUGCCCCACCUGUCCAGUUUGCCCAGUGACUUUCCCUUCUGAUGCAUUGAAUGUUUUGCAUCGGGUUACCACGUCCUUGAACGUCAGUGAGAUCUUUGCCAAGUGCAUGAGUUGCUCUCUUGGGCUGCCCCCUGGAAUUUCCUGGGAACCUAAGUGCUGCAUCUUGUACCCAGGAGGCAGCUCAGCCAACGUCCAUUAG